GGCUAUGUGAGGGCUAGUGGAGGCAAAGAAAGUGUAAAUGUUAGAAUAUACUAGCUGGGCUGUAAAUAACACCGCAGAACUGAGCCGGAGGGAGAGAGGAAGAAGGAUUUGCGCUGUGGAAGGAAGCAAUGGCCUUGUGAAGAACGUCAGGAGCCUUUCUUUCUGCCUCAGUGCGCGUGAGCCUGCCUACACACACACACACACACACACCACGGGAUGGCGGGCGAGGGGAAUGGAACCGAGUGAGGUUUGUACGCUAAACCCCAGAGAACUCGGACUCUCCCUCCGCUCUGUUUAAUCAUUCAGUGUGUUUACUGAAGCGUGUGAUUUCGGCGACGCUCAUCAUUCUUGUGCAAUAAAUUACGCACGGCGUUCCUGUCCAUGUUCACCCUUCACAUCAAUGCAUAGCCUAGGCAACUUUUUUUUUUUUUUCCACUGCACAUCUCCCCUUGACUGAUGGCAGCAGACCUCUGUAGAAGAACACCGAGAGCUGUGCACGAAAGCAACCCGCGCGCUGGAGAGCGCAACGCCUAUGUCAGAGUGUGCGUGUCCCCUCUGUACGAGGACAGCGGUUGCCAGUGGUUUUGUCCGAAAGCGAGCUGGAGGUGUGGUAAACUCUCGUCUGCGGCGUGCGUGGGCUCCGUGUCGUUUUGUCUCGCCCUGCUGCUGAAGUGUGUAGAGUGGGAUGUGGAGCCCAGCUCCAGCUGUAACAGUGCUCCUCAGGCUGACUCGGGAUCGUCUGUCCUUUUCGUGAACAGAAGUGUGGUGGAGUUCUGCUUCGCCUUGUGGCAUCUGAUCGCACCUAUUUUCACACUGCUGAGUGCCUUCUUCUGGGCCGGCCUGUACCUGAUCCGCUGCGGAGUGCUGGACCGAACCAUCGUUUUCCUGCUCACGCUGUGCCACUUGGGAGAAUCGGCGGCGCAGGCGUUCUUGCAUGGCUCGGACGAGCAGCUGCACUCUUUGACCGCUAGCGUGGUGGUGCUCGGCUGCUUGGCAAGCGGGGCACUCGUGGUGAUGCGACUGGGCCACGGCAUCUCCGUCAUCGUCUUCAUCAGCAUCAUCAGAGCCGCCUCACUCAUUUCCCUGCACAGAGUGCGCGCAAGCUGGAGACCGUACUUGGCGUACCUGGUGGGGGUUCUGGGCGUCCUGCUGGCGAGGUAUGCUGACAGGCUGCUUCCCAAUCAGCCGAGACAACUGGAGGGCUGCACCACCUCCGUGACAGGGUCCAGAGAAGACAUUCUCGUGUUUAAAAGGCGCAGGAGAUCCAGCUCCGUCAUAUCAUCAGACAUGGCACAGCACGGCUUCGAGGCCAGCAGCAAGUCGCACAGGAGAACCUCCCUGCCAUGCAUCCGAAAAGACCAGUCCUCAGGCACCAGUGUGAUGGUGGACAUUGCAGUGAUGGGUGAAGCCCAUGGACUAAUCUCAGACCUCCUGGCUGAUCCAUCACUGCCUCCAAACACCUGCAGUUCAUUGAGAGCUGUUAGUAAACUGCUCAAUACCCAACUCACCUUUCAGCCCCUGCACCACCGGUCACGCAUCAACCCUCUGCUAGUUUCCACUGAUGGAUACCCCUGCACUGACUUUGAGGAGGGUGAUAGACUGGCUAUCCCUAAGCACCGUUCGCGACGCAGUUUGCCUUCUGGGCCUCUUCGGCGCAUUUCCUCUUCCUGGACAACUACCACCUCUGCCACAGGGCUUCCCACCAUUGAGCCAAGCCUCAGACGAGACCACAGUUCCACCAUCAAACCCGUUCAGGAUAGUCCCUCCAGCAGGUCCAUGUCUGCUUCCCACAUCACCUCAGCCCCCAACUACCUCUUCAACAAAGUUAGGCAAGCAGGUUACCAUCUCUUCAGCAAUUCCCCCAUGGCCUCGCCUUGCCACUCGCCUCCAGUCCAGGGAACCUCAGUGAACAGCCCCACCAAUAAGGUGCCCUCAAUGGACCUGCCUGAUUCUGGGGCCGUUCAGGGCAAUUACCUCUCACCAGGGACCUCUCACCGAGCCUUAACCUGCAACUCCCCCAGUUCCAGAACAUCACACUGGACACUCCCAUUACUCUGUAGCAGCUGUGGAAGGCCAUAUAGCAAAAUGUGGCAUGGACAGGAUUCUCCAGACAAAGUUGACAAAACGCAGUUAUCAGAUGAUCAAGCGUUGGUAUCUUCUGACUGCGACAGUACCUAUGAAACAAAUCACAGCGACAGCAGUGAUUUUGCACAGAAUGAGGAGGACGGAGCAGCUCGAAGACCACCCUACAACAUGCAGGCCUUUUACAGAACAUUGCAAGCAGAGACCCUUCUCUUACAUCACUUACUACCAUCAGAGAACAAACCUAUUCAAGCCCCUGAACCACUGGUGAUGGAGGGCCUGGAGCCUGUAAUGAGUCAGAUCAACAAUUGGAACUUCCCAAUAUUCAGCCUGGUGGAGAAAACGAAUGGGAAGUGUGGUUGCAUCCUAAGCCAGAUGUCUUAUAGGCUAUUUGAAGAUACUGGUCUCUUUGAGAUCUUCAAGAUCCCAGUGAAGAAAUUCAUGAAUUACUUCCAUGCCUUGGAAAAUGGUUACAGGGACAUUCCAUAUCACAACAGGAUCCAUGCAACAGAUGUCCUCCAUGCUGUCUGGUAUCUUACCACACAGCCUGUGCCAGGCUUACCUGUGCUGGCUCACAACUCUUUAUCAGUCAGUGACUCAGAUGCUGUCAGUGGGCUCAGCCAUGGUAAUAUGGAUUAUCUGUUCUCUAAGACCUACCCAAAAAUGGAGGAUGGCUAUGGCUGUCUUUCAGGGCUUAUUCCUGCCUUGGAGCUGAUGGCACUGUAUGUGGCAGCUGCCAUGCAUGACUAUGACCAUCCGGGCAGAACCAAUGCCUUCCUGGUGGCCACCAGUGCACCACAGGCAGUGCUCUACAAUGACCGCUCAGUUCUGGAGAAUCACCAUGCUGCCUCUGCUUGGAAUCUGUUCAUGUCCCAGGCUGAGUACAACUUUCUGGCUAAUCUAGACCAUGUGGAUUUCAAGCGCUUUCGCUUUUUGGUUAUUGAGGCCAUUCUGGCCACUGACCUGAAAAAGCACUUUGACUUUUUGGCUGAAUUCAAUGCAAAGGUGGGGCAUGAAGGUUGCUCAGGUAUUGACUGGUCCAAUGAGAAUGACCGACUUCUGGUCUGCCAGAUGUGUAUCAAGCUAGCCGAUGUUAACGGGCCACUGAAGCACAAAGAUCUUCAUCUUCAGUGGACAGAGGGCAUCGUCAAUGAGUUUUAUGAGCAAGGUGAUGAGGAGGCCAGCUUGGAAUUACCCAUCAGCCCAUUCAUGGACCGCUCAGCCCCCCAGCUAGCCAAGUUGCAGGAGUCUUUCAUCACUCACAUCGUUGGGCCGCUCUGCAGCUCCUAUGACACAGCUGCCCUCAUGCCUGGCCGAUGGGUGGAGCCUCAGCCCAGUGAGGCUGAAGAAGGAUCUGGUGUAGAGGAGACUGAUGAAGAAGAAGAAGAAGACACAACUGAGGAAGAUGCUUCUACCAACUCGGAUCAGUCUCAGAAACUGAUGCCCAAAAUGCGACAGAAAGUCUUCUGUCAGAUCACCCAGUACCUUUUGGAGAAUCAUGAAAUGUGGAAGAAGGUCAUUGCUGAGGAGGAACAAAGCCAGACAAAGCCUAACAAAGCCUCUGACCCAAUCCUGGCCAUUCAUGAAGAGGAGGAGGAGACAAUAAGCAAGGACAAGCCAACAGAGGACCAGGAGCAAAAAAUGGAAGGAGGAGAGCUAUGGCCAGCAAAGGAGCAGUGAUAUGAGGCAUCAGAAGACGAUGAACAGAUUGAAUAAAGUGAGAACACAAGAAAGCAACAGGAAACAGUUAAGAAAAAUCAGGAAACUAAAAAUCAAGACACAAGCUGUAGAAACACAUGGAGAUAAAAUACAGAAAUGGGAUGAGACUUCAGAUGAUCAGGAGAUAUGGAGUGAACAAGGGAUUUAUCUAGUAUAGAAUAUUGUCACAAAGCCUUUAUUUCCAAACAAGACUCCUGAUAAAUGGUUGCCAGCACAUCACUAAGACACAACACUGUAGAUUCUUUGGGUGAACAAGUUUCUAUAUGAAACAGGGUGGUGUCCGAGUGUGUUCGGGUAGGGCUUAUUAGCUAGAUCCAAUAAAAUGGGAUUUCUAAAAUUAACAUGAAUAGGCUUUUUGAAAGCUUCCCACUCUGGUGGUGGCCAAAAACAACUUCCAUGACUGGGGUCUCAAAGAUCUGCACUUUUUUGUCUAUUCAUUUCAGCAAGUAUUUUUAAGGACCCUGGUAUUAGACUGAUUCAGGAAUGAAGUCUGUCAUGAUACAACUAGCCCUUUUGAGCUCAUAGCAAUGUGAUGGGGAAGUGCACACUCUUUAUACACACAAAUACACCAUAAUCCAUAUGAAGGAAAAUAGGUUAAGGAAAUCGCAUGCACCUAAAAGACCCACAUGUGUAACACUACUUAUCUAAUCUUUUUUUUUUUAAGUUAAAACAAUCUGUCCGUUUCUUUUGUUUGCCACUUGAUUUCCUAUGGAAGUUUCAUGCCUCCACAGUCACCACCUUGCUGUAGGGUUAGGUACCAUGACUUUGCAGGUACACUAGUGAAUGUUCAAGUGUAUUGUCAUUUUUAAUAUAAAUUACCUGUUACUUUUUUUUAAUCAUUUUACAGCUUAUUUUGAGGUUGCAAAGCUUUAGUUUGCAACCUGACAUUCCUGUUUAUCAAGAUACAACAGCACUGUAAAUACUGUGUGACAUUUCUUCCUUUUCGGAUUUUUAUUCUGCCAGUGCACAUUUGGAAAAAAAACCAGAACCUCCUGUUUAUAGAAUGGUUUGUAAGAAAGACAUAUACAGACUCUACAUGCUAAAGCUCCAGCUCUAUUCAAUUUCAUACCUGUGUGGGUUAUUUUUGUAAGAUAUAGUUCUUUAAAGAUGAAGUAUGCAAUGCAGUUACUUUGCUUAUUAAAAUGGAAGUAAAUCAAUCCCACUCAAUCCCACAUCCUAUAGUUAGGACACAGCAUGUAUUCAAUCCUGGUACUUGUAUAAUUUCAGCAUUCUGUGUAUUUGACCCACACAUUUGAAUUGCCAGUUAACUGCUGAAUCAUCACUCUGUCCUUUUAUGCAUCUUCAGUAGCAGGUAUAUAUCCAUAUAGGGAUUAUAUACAUUGAAAUGCAAGUGUGAAUGCACCCAAAGAUUUAAACCUGAUUGUUUGUUUUUCUAAUUUUGCCUCAUUGCUGGUAUGAUUCCUUUUUUGUUACAUGUUUAAUACAGAAAGCAGACAGCUUUCAACCAGUUCCAAAAUUCAAAAACAAAUAAGAUUAGCUUGAAGGCUAAAGAGUGAGCACUCAUUAAAAUCAUGCACUCUCGCUGAACAAGGAAGGCCACUCAUACUCCAGCCAUCUGAUAGCUGCUAUGUCCUAGAGGCACUGUAGUCAUGCAUACAGGCAUGUGAACUGCUAACAGCUAACCCCUGUAACUCAAAGGAGAACCCAUAUAGGCAUGAGACAUGGUGUGGAGACACAUGCAAGAGAGCAGUUCACUACAAACAGGGAGAGUACUGAUGUGUGCUGCCUUAGACACAGGGACAAAGGGAGAAGCAGAUCAAUUGUGACUGCAGUUCAGGGAUAGAUAAUGCAGUCUGAUAUUCUUUUGGAGACGUAAUCAGCUUGCGCCUGAUGCUACUGUGCCAUAAUUUAGAAGGGGUGCUAAUUAAAAUUUGUAGCAUUGCAAAGUGGGAAUUGGGUGUUUUGUCUUUGCACCUCAGUUUUGUUUAUAAUUCCCCACUUCAAAUUUCAGCAUAAUGUACGCUUUCUUAAUAAACAGCCAGCACAUCAAGCAAUACUGACACAUACUGUAGACAGAUGGUAGUUUUAUGAUUGCCAUCGUAUUAUUAUGAAGUUGGGCAUAAUAUAUAUUUUUUCACAGUGCAGCUGUUUGUGCCAAAUAUUACUUCAAUAAACAACUGCGUUGUUGAAUCUUUUUAUGGAUAAUAAGGUAUGUGUACGUCAGGUGUGCUUUCUCUG